AUGAGUGCGGACCCUGAGGCGCCAGCGGAUUCAAAUCGCCGCAGCGGGGGCCACGUCAUUCGGAACAUGAUUUAUAGGCACGACAGCGCACGUAAUCUUGAAAUUGUCACAGGCUGGCAGGAUCAGGGGACGCGUGAGUACAAUCAACGGAUAGUACCUCCUGCCAAGUUGGAGCUACAUCCGAAGCACCCAUGCCACGCUCUCAACUCCCAGCUGCUGCACUGCAGCUUAGACUGCCCGGCGGAAAUGAAGCUGGCGGGACGCAUCGCCACGUGCAACACGGAGCGCAAGAAUCUCAUGGUUUGUUUUGCAAAGAACAAGGCGUGGAAACCGGCGCCCCUGUCGGGGGGGUAUAACUUUUGGUGA